AUGCUGGCUGGGAAGAUAAUUUUCCUAUCUUUUCUUGGCCCCCCAUCUAGGGCUUUAGGAACAAAGCCUUCCUGGAUUGACAAAUUCAUCAGUGCCCUUCUGCAGGCAGCAGAUGCUAACGUGAUCGCUGUGGACUGGGUUUAUGGCUCUACAGGUGUCUACUUCUCAGCCGUGGAAAAUGUGGUUAAGCUGGGACUCGAGAUCUCCCGUUUCCUCAGUAAACUCCUGGUGCUGGGUGUGUCAGAGUCCUCAAUCCACAUCAUUGGUGUCAGCCUGGGGGCCCAUGUGGGGGGCAUGGUAGGACAUUUCUACAAAGGCCAGCUGGGACAGAUCACAGGCCUGGACCCUGCUGGACCGGAGUACACAAGAGCCAGCCUGGAGGAGCGCCUGGACCCUGGGGACGCCCUCUUUGUGGAAGCCAUCCACACAGACACGGACAAUUUGGGUAUUCGGAUUCCUGUUGGACAUGUGGACUACUACGUCAACGGAGGCCAAGACCAACCCGGCUGUCCCACCUCCAUUUCUGCAGGUCAGAAAGCCAGAGAGAGUUGAUGUGUGGCUGCCCCAGAGACUGGAAUUUACCAACAGGCUUUGUGUUGAGUCAGCCAGUAUGGGCCAUAGGGGGUCUUCCUUACAGUAUCCUUUGCUGUGUCCCAUCAAGCUUACUCAGCACUUAUUAAAUGGAUGUCUUUGGAGCCCAGGUAUUCUAGGGGAGGAGUGCCUGAAAUUAAAAGCCUGCUCCAUAUUUAGGCUCCCUCCCCCCUUCUUAGGCCCUGCUGUGAUCCAACGUCACUCAAGCCAAUAACUUCUCUUCUUCCCGGGCCCCACUUUGUGGCAGAGUCCACAGUGGCUAUAUCCUCUGCAGAGCCUCGCUGUGGCAGAAACAGACUGAUGUGCCCAAAGCUGCUAGCUGAAGGGUCAAUUCAGUGCAUGACCAUUUCCCCAAACUAACUAAAUUCAAGUUCUCUAAAAUUGCUUUCAAUAUAAUCUUCUUGAAUACAUUCAGUGAAUAUGCAUUUCUUCUCUUCUAAAUUUAUUCUUCUGGAAUGUUCUUUUUGGAUAUAUUAAUUGAAUAUAUUCUUAGCAUAAUUUUAAAU